AAACCGACCCGAUUUAACUGGCGGGUGAAAUGGAAGUGGGUCGAACUCCAACUCCAAUCCAUGUAUGUAACUGUGACUGCGUUUCAACGAUUCACACAGAUAACAAUUAGAACGACGAGUUCCAUUCCAGUUCCACCGAUAAUGAUAGCACUCACAGAAUCAUAGAACAAUUCUCAGAUUCAUUCAUGGCUUCUCUUUCUCUCGCCUCAUCUUCUCACUGUUAGCCUCACUGGUGGAUAUGCUGAUGAUAACUAGUUUCAGCAUGUACCAAAAGUGUGGGAUGAUUGAAGUUUCACGCUUAAGUCAGAGGCAUUACAAAUCCACUACCAAGGAAAAGUGGAUUUACACUCAAUUUCCUGCAUACACAAACAUACUCACUGGAAGAAGAUUUUUAUAUAAGAUGCCAUCAGAAGUUCUCAUUGAAAGGGGAAGUAAUGUUGUCACCAAUGGACAAGUGCAAAAUUUCACAUCAUCUUCAUAUGAAGCUGCCAUGGAAAAACUUUCAUCUCUUAUUACUCGUCAAAGGCGUGGGGAGAAGCCGCCAAUUGCUAAUAAAUUAGAAAAGAUGUCAAUGUAUCUCAAGAUAUUGGGUUUGGAAGAAGAUAUGAAUAGGCUCAACAUCAUUCACGUGGCAGGCACAAAGGGAAAGGGUUCAACAUGCAUAUUCUGUGAAGCAAUCUUAAGGGAAUGUGGCUUUCGCACUGGAGUUUUCACGUCCCCUCACCUAAUUGAUGUGCGCGAGCGAUUUCGUAUAGAUGGGAUUGACAUAUCAGAAGAUAAGUUUUUAGAGUGUUUCUGGGAUUGUUGGAACCAAUUGGAGGAAAAAGUAACAGAGCAGCUUCCAAUGCCCCCAUUGUUUCAGUUUCUUACUAUAUUGGCCUUCAAAAUAUUUAUAUCUGAACAGGUUGAUGCUGCCAUUAUAGAAGUUGGUCUUGGAGGAAAAGAAGACUCAACAAACGUGAUUAAAGAACCUACUGUGUGUGGCAUUACUUCAUUGGGGAUGGAUCAUACUGAGAUAUUGGGAGAUACUCUCGGACAGAUAGCUUCACACAAGGCAGGAAUUUUUAAGCCUAAAGUUCCUGCUUUCAUAGUACCCCAACCUCCUGAAGCAAUGGAUGUCAUCCUUGAAAGGGCCAAAGAACUCAUGGUUCCCCUGGAAGUUACUGAGCCUUUAGAUUGUAAACAAAUGAAGGGAUUACAGCUUCAGUUAUCUGGUGAUCACCAAUUCUAUAAUGCUGCCCUUGCAGUCUCACUUUCUAGAUGCUGGCUUCAGAGAACAGGAAAUUGGGAAAAAAUUUAUCAAAACGAUUUUCAGGAUUCAAAUUUGCCAGAUGAAUUUAUUAGAGGCCUUUCAAAUGCCCAAUUUUCUGGGAGGGCUCAGAUUGUCUGUGACUCUUCUCUAUAUUCUGACUGCUCAGAAAUAAUGUCUGAAAGUUGUGUUGGAGAGUUGAUAUUUUAUUUGGAUGGAGCUCAUAGUCCAGAAAGCAUGGAGGCUUGUGCUAAGUGGUUCUCUAAUGCCGUAAAGGGAUGUAAAAAUCCAUCGCGUUCAUCUGUUGGUGUAGAAAAUUCAGAGGAAUCAUCAGAAAAUGGUCACUUUUUACAUGAAAGCAAAACCUUGGGGCAGUCUGAGAAAUCUUGUAGGCGGAUUCUUCUAUUCAAUUGCUUAGAUGUGAGAAAUCCUAACAUUUUGCUUCCACGGCUAGUGAAUGCAUGUGCUUCGUCAGGUAUUCAUUUCUCAAGAGCACUUUUUGUUCCAAGUAUGUCAAAAUAUACGAGGGUUACUUCUAGUGCAUCAGUUAUUCCAUCUGAUCUCAGUGGGAUAGACCUAUCAUGGCAACUUAAUCUCCAAAACAUAUGGGAGAAAAUUAUGCAUGGGAAAGAAAUGGCCAAUUUGCUUGAAAAGGAUUUCAAGAUAGAGAGCAAGCUGAUGUUACCACCCCAUAACUAUUCUGCAUGCAGUGCAGUAAUACCUUCCUUGCCUUUAACAAUAAAAUGGUUGAGGGACUGCGUCAAAGAACAUCCAUCAACAAGACUUCAGGUUCUUGUCACUGGAUCUUUGCAUUUGGUUGGAGAUGUACUAAAACUCUUGAAAAGAUGAUUCAAGUUGAAGUCUAACUGAAUUGACGUUGGAAAUUUUUACUGCAGCAAAAAUUGUCAUUAUUUCAAUCAUUUCAGACACUGAUUUCAUUUGAGCAACAAUAUUUUGCAACCUACGCUACACACCAUCAACCUAGUGUUCAGAAACGCGGGGAGUAAAGCUAAAGCAAAAGCAAAAGCAAAGUUGGAAAACAACCGCACGAAUGAAUGAUUUAGAAGAAAAAAUAAUUAAUGAAGACUUCCAUCGUUAAUCUUGAGAAAGUUAUAGUUCGCGGGGACAACAAUACAAAUUACAAUGGAGAUAAUUUUUCUUAUUUAUGUAACACUUGGUUUUUUCUUUUCUUUUUUUUUGCA